AUGGCUGGUAGAUACGUCUCUAAAAUAUUUUGUGGUGAGAGAAUAAUGGGAUUGGUUGUGGGCUACGAUAACGAAACUGCUCAAUUUAAGAUUGUGUAUGAAGACAGAAACAACGAAGUAGUUGACAAGGAGACGUUAAUAAGAACUUUAGCCCCUCCUGACCUCAUUGAUAGGCUGUUUCUUUCCCAUAGAAUGCCAAGAUUACUAUGUAACUUGCAACAGAAGGUUCUGGACAGUGAGGAGGAAGCAGGAAGACUUAAAUUUGUGUUCAUUGAAAAUGAUGGUGUUGAUGAGCACAUGAUUUGGCUGAUAGAAUUGAAGAACCUAUUUUCCAGGCAACUACCAGAUGUGCCAAGGGAAUACAUUGUUCGUCUUGUCCUGGACAUAAACCAUAAAUCCAUAAUGAUUAUCAGACGGAAUCAGGUUGUUGGCGGUAUCACAUACUGUCCAUAUUUGAGCCAACGGUUCGUGGAGAUAGCCUUUUGUGCAAUUAUGGCUGAUGAGCAAAUAAAAGGCUGUGGUGCUAGACUAAUGAACCAUUUAAAACAACAUGCACGCAAUAUGGAUGGGGUGACACAUCUUCUAACAUGCGCAGAUAACAAUGCUGUUGAUUAUUUUAUCAAACAGGGUUUUAAAAAGAUCACCUUGGAGAAAGAGCGAUGGCAAGGAUAUAUCAAAGCCUAUGAUGGAGGAAUCCUAAUGGAAUGUGAACUUCAUCCAAAGUUUCCAUAUUCUUACUUAACGACUAUGAUUAGCCAUCAGAGGCAGGCUAUCAAUGAAAGGAUAAGAGAAGUAUCCAACUGUGAAAUUGUCUACCCUGGCAUUGAUUUUCAGAAGGGAGAUGACGGUGUUCCUGCAAGACCCAUCAAAUUAGAGGAUAUCCCUGGUUUGAAGGAGGCAGGCUGGACCCCUGAUCAAUAUGGCCAUUCUCGGUUUAAAACAUCGAAUGCUUCUGCAGACACUGUAUCAAAUCAAGAACCCUUAACGACAUUCAUGCGCUCGCUUUUGAAGCAAAUUUAUGACCAUCCAGAUGCUUGGCCUUUCAAGGAACCGGUUGACUCUGAUAACGCGCCCGGCUACUAUGACAUAAUCAAAGAUCCCAUGGAUUUAAAGACGAUAUCCAAGAGGAUAGAGUCUGAGCAAUACUAUAUUACAUUGGAGAUGUUUCUAGCAGAUGUAAGGAGAAUGUUUGCCAACGCUCGCACAUACAACUCACCUCAUACUAUAUAUUAUAAAUGUGCCACCAGGCUGGAAUCCUUUUUCUCAGUCAAAUUUCAGUCAAGCCUCCAGUACAGCAAAAUUCAGCAUACUCACUCAUAG